GUCUGCGUUUUUUCCUUUUCUCUUCCAGUUCUCUCAUCCUUGAUGCACAGCGACAGUGACAGAGAAAUGGCCAUACCGCGGAUGUUUAACUCCAACACGCCCUUCGUCAUCGUCACCGGAGGCUCUGAGCUCACGUUUCUUGGCAAAGAGGAGGACUGCGAGGGCUGUGAGGAGGAGAAGGACUCGCUGGUCCAGGCCAUCGCCCCCCAUCUGAGCCGAGUGAUGCAGCACGGCACGGCCAAACACGUGGUCACCGAGGGGCGGGAGGAAGCCGAGGAGGAUCACUGUGUGUCCAUCGUCGCUCAGGCAGAGAGUGAAGACUUUCAGGAGUUCAGCCCCACAAAAACACAGCGCCCUUACUCAAGGUGUCAGUUGCUCAAAAAGCACAGGUUUCUCAGCCAGGAAGCUGCUCUUAUGAGUGACUCUGAGGAUGAAGACGUCGACGUGGCCGGCAAACUCCCGCACCACCACCUCCAGAGGAAACAGCGCAGGAAGUCGGGGAGACAGAUCCCGGAGGUGGGGGAAGAACCUCCGAUUAUCCGCGGCCUUUGGGUGCAGGAGAUUGAUUGGCUUAAGUCGGCAGAGAUCAUCCCGCCUCCUCCUCAGUUUACGGACUCCUGUAGUCAUGGAGACGAGCGGCUCUGUGCGCAUGGAGGCUGCAGCUGUGCAGAUGUGUCUCCAUCGGAGGACAGAUCAGGAGACGCAGAGGACUCGUCCACCAGCGAGCACAGAGCAUGCUCGGACUCUGACUGCGGCCUGGAGCGGGAUUCUGAAUCCAUCUGCACUCAUGAGAGCGAGUCGGACUCGUCCUGCGGUGCGGACGACGUCACACGCGCAGCAGACAGUUUAGGGGUUGAAGCCAGGAGCUCAAAGUUGACCUUUGACCUCAUGAAUGUGUCCGGCUUUAACUCUUACUCCCACACUGAGUGGGAUUCUGACUCCACAGGGCGUGUGCAAAGCCUGCUGGGAAUGACAGACUCCACAGAGUCGCUCAGCUCUGUGAAUAUUUCCCAGAAUGCCUUUGGUUUUGAUGACACGAGUGAUAGUGACACAGUUUUGGAUUUCCUCAGAGGCAGAGUGACACAGAUGCCGAAGCUCUCUGUUUCACCUUUCUUCGUGGAUUUAAUAAAACAGACUCUGAACGGCUGGAGGAGCAGAAAACCAGGAAAUGAAGGGCUUAUAUUUGACCAUCAGCUUCAGCCCGACAGCUGUCAGUACAGAGAGGGAGAGGAGUACCGUGUUCUUCAUCACAUACAGAACGGCUCAUACGGUGACGUGUUCUGCGUUCAGGACAAAAAGUCGGGGUUCAAAUGUGCUGCCAAGAGGAUCCCUCUGAGUCACUUCAGCAGCGAGGAGGUGAGCACGUGGAGCGCUCUGAACUGUCCUCGUGUUGUCGAGCUGUUUGGGGCUGUGAGGGAGGGGAUCAACGUCGUGCUCUUCAUGGACUUGAAGCCAGCGUGUUUGGCUCAGCUCCUAAAAGAGAUGGAUACGCUGCCUGAGGAUUUGGCCCUGCACUACCUUCAUCAGACACUGGGGGCGCUAGAACACCUGCACCACAGAAGGGUCCUUCACCUGGAUGUCAAAGUUGACAAUGUGCUGCUGUCUGCAGACUGCAGGGACACAUUCCUCUGCGACUUUGGUCUCUCAGAGACUUUGGAUGACAGCGGAUGGAGCAGCAGGGCGUUCAGGGGAGCUGCCUUCCCCGGCACAGAGAGCCACAUGGCCCCCGAGGUGGCACGAGGGGAUGGACUGUGUGCCAAAGCCGACGUGUGGAGCAGCUGCUGUAUGCUUCUGCACAUGCUCAAUGGUUGCCAACCGUGGAUACGCUACUACUCCCACCCACUUUGUCUGCAGAUUGUCAACGAGCCUCCGCCGCUGUGGGAGGUGCCAUCCAACUGUAACAACUUCACAGCCAAAGUGUUCAGGGCCGGACUCCAGAAAGAGCCAGACAGACGAGCAUCAGCAAAGGAGCUGAGGAAGAAAACCACCAAGGCCCUCAGAGCUGUUGGAGGUCUGAGUCCCUGGUCCAUUAGAAGUGCCUGUGAGAAGCUUUUUCAUGGCAAGCACCAGAAUGAAGACAACCCAUGCUCUUUGUCAGCCAUGAUCCCCGCCAUCCCAUCAGCACCUGGGAUGUACUGGGUGAGCCCUUGGAGAACCACAGCAGUGGACGAGGACAGCAAUAACUCAAAAUAUGGUGAAUCGGACGACGACUUUGAUCCAGAGGCAGAUUCCUUAACGAGAGAAUGGGACUCUCAGCCGAAAACACUGCAGGAUGAUUAUGCUGCUGGGGAAAAGGACUGGGACUCCUGCUCUGACUCAGAGGAGGACAUAUACAUGGGAGAGGAGGAAUAUGAUCAGGAAAAUCGUCUGAAAACUGACCGGGACUAUGAGGGGGAUUGGGAAGAGGAAGGAGACGAAGAGGAGGAGUAUGAAGAUGAUGAAGAAGAUUGGGACUCUUCUAUAUCUACUGAGUAUCUCCGUGCUCUCAAAGGCCUUUUCCCUUUGCUGCAAAAAGGCCAAAUGACAAACGAUGAUUCAUGGGGAUCAGAGCCAGAGCUGGAAUACCUUCGGGAUGAUGUAGCUAAAGGCACCAUAAUCCAGACCCCGUCCCCUGAACCUCGAGAUGACCCUCCGUCCUGUUUCAGCUGCUCUGACUCGUCACAGCUGGAUGCCUCAGACAAGGAUCACUCCUCAGACGAUCUGAGCUCUGGAGUCUUCUCCUCAUGUAACAGUCAGACAGACGGACACAUGGAGUGGUUAGCCUCAGCAAACCAGCCCCCCUCACACUGCUUUGAUGGUGUUGACAUCUGGAUUGAGAACGUGCAGGGCGAGUGUCUGAGGAUCCGAGAACGUCGGCAGGUCAAAGUGGGACACGUUGCUAUUGGAAUCAGUGAUCAGGUUUCAGGGAAAGCCUUCACCUUGGAGACCCUGGACAGAAAGACGGUGUCCUUUGAAGAAGAAAUCAGAGAGUCGGGUCUGUGGCUGCGCUGCGUUCCUGCUCCUGACAGAUGUCAGCGCUGGAGGUGGAGAGUCAAAGACAGCAAACUGGAGCUUCGAGAAUGACAUAAAUGUUUGUUUUCUUUAAUUGUUUUAACUUGCACUAACUUUAGGUAAUAAUUGUUAUUUGACUAUGUCAAUUUUUAACAUGUAUAUGUAGUCCAGAAUGAUCUGCUGCUGAUUUGAGGGAGUUUUUUUGUUAUGAAUCUUUAGUUUUUCUCUGUAUAUUUAUUUAUAUUUUUAUGUGUUUGUUCCCUCGAUGGUCUGGAAACCAGAGUGUGUCAAGUUUAUCGCUGCUGUUUGAGAGAGAAGCUGUGUCAUAG